AUGAUGUCGAGCCUCGAGAUCACGUGCCUCUUCGCUGACUGUGCCAAGCCGAUCGUGCCCGGCACGGAAAAGUGUGCAUCCCACAAGAACAAGAUCAAGUGCUCGAUCGAGGGUUGUCCCAACCAGGUCUACGCCCGGUACCUCUGCGUCCGCCACGGCGGCAAGAAGCAGUGCAAGUCGCUUGGCUGCCGCGCCUUUGCUCGCGGCGGCCCGUACUGUGUUCAGCACGGCGGCGUCGCCGCCAAACGCUUCUGCACCGAACCAGGUUGCCACCGCCAAGCCCAUGCGCGCCACAAGUGUGUGCGCCACGGUGGUGGCCGGCAGUGCAAACUGAGCGGAUGUGGCAGCCAUGCACGCCUCUCUGGCUACUGUGACGCGCACACGUCGACAUGGACAGAAUCGUUCGAGGCGGUCGACGAGUAUACGCUUUUGCUCUGCGCUUCGGUGACGCCCAUGCCGUUUGAGCCGUCGCGCUCGCUAUUUGCCCCUAUUGACAUGGACGUCUUGCAGCUCUUGUGCUAG